AGAAGGUGAUAGGUUGCUUCAUAGCAUUGUUGUGUCCAAAGUAGAUAGUCAAUAUUCCAUUGUAUGAUGGGAGGAAGUGAUCCGUUGUGCGUCGUCUGCAGACAGAAAGGGCCUCUCACCUGCAGUUCCUGCAAAACUGUGUCCUACUGCAGCAAGGAGCACCAGAAACAUGACUGGCCCAAACACAAGCAGCAGUGCAAGCCUUACGAGGUAAAGGUGAGCAAGGAGCUUGGCCGCUACCUCGUAGCCUCCCGAGACCUGGUGGCAGGGGAGGUUAUCAUGGAGGAGGCUCCCGUAGUAGCGGGGCCCAAACUGGCGGACCCCAGCCCUGUCUGUCUAGGCUGUCUGCGACCCCCGGGCCAUGCUAGGUGUGACCAGUGUGGCUGGCCAGUGUGUAGUCCGAUGUGCCCUGGACUACGAGAUCCUCACCAUCACGGAAUUGAGUGCAAAUUGUUGUCUCUCUCACCUGUCACAGACACUCGGCAAUGCAGAUAUGAGUGUAUUUUGCCACUGCGCUGUCUUCUACUGCAGAAGCGCAAUCCUAAGAAGUGGAAAACAAUUAUGUCACUAGAAACUCACAUAGACCAGAGAGGACCUUCAACUGAAGUUUACAAGGAGCUGAAUGAAAACGUAGUCAACUACUUGAUCCAAAACUACCUCUCCAAGCUAGACAGCAGUGCACUAGAUGACAUGUCACCAGAUGUGAUCCACCGUAUCUGUGGCGCUAUUGAUGUGAAUGCGAUGGAGAUUCUGGAGAACGACAUGGAGGUGUUGGCCAUCCUGCCUACAGCCUCCAUCAUGUGUCACUCGUGUGUCCCCAACACUAAACACACCUUCCGCAACACAAGGGUGACUGUCAGAGCUGCUGUCAACAUUCCCAAAGGACAGGACGUCACCCUGAUGUAUACUCACAUGUUAUGGACCACCCAAGCCAGACGGGAGCAUUUGCGGAACACCAAGUACUUUGACUGCUGCUGUCCGAGGUGUUCUGAUCCUACUGAGCUUGGGACGUAUAUCAAUGCUCUACGUUGCCUGUCCGAGACUUCCCAGGGAAAUGUCUGCGGAGGUUAUCAAUACCCUAAGAAUCCUCUGGAUAACAACUGUGUUUGGUCCUGUGACAGAUGCCCGAUGUUUCUCACUUCCCAGGAAGUCUGUGAGCUCAUCUCUACUUUGGACGUACAAGUAGAAAACAUCCAGUUGGCUAUGUACUACUUGGGUCUAUCUUAUACCAAUUGCCCUGGAGCUACAAAAGAAGCACCAUUCGAUGUGUGUGUUUCUGAAAACCAACCUACAGUAGACAGCCUGGAAGAUCUUCUUGGGAAGCUGGAGACAGUUCUACAUCCUCACCACUAUCUGUGUUAUAAGAUCAAACACUCCCUGAUACAACUGUAUGGCCAUCAACCCAGUUAUCUGCACUCUGAUCUUAACGAGAAGGCACUAAUCAGGAAAUCAGACAUUUGUCGUGACUUGAUCUCAGUUACAAACAAGAUAGACCAAGGCCACGGCAGGCUGGGGCUGUACUCCGCAGUGCUCCAUUUUGAACUCCACUCGGCUCUCAUGGAGUUGUACUCGCGCAGGAAAGACAUCUCGCUGCUCCGGGAGGCCAAGGCGUCGCUGGAGGAAGAAAUCGCUUUCCUCCCGUCACAGGAAGGAGACAAUUCUCCAGAGUACCGGAUGAGAGAACUGGCAAAGAAAGCUCUCAUUGACGUGAACAAGGUGCAUAGCUGUGUCAGUGGGAGUAGUUAGUUCUUAUCAGUUGUAAAGUUGUAAUGAUUUGAUUUGUAAUAAACUUUGAAGUUUUUUCAGUGGUUUUAUGUAACUGUUACCUUGGUAGGAGAAAUUUUGUAAAGUGAUAUAAUAAUAUUUUAAAGAGUACUAUUUCUGCAAACAUUC